AUGGAAGCUCUCCAGCUGUUUGAUGUGGCGUUGGUAGAGCAUCCGUGUCUCGCAGCCAUAGAGGAGCGAGCUGAGCACAACACAAAGUUUAGAAAUGAAGAUAUUGUACCAACCAACUACAAGGGCAUUGUGGAUGCCUUUCAUCAGAUAAUAAGGGAUGAAGGAGUCUUGGCUUUGUGGAAUGGUACUUUCCCCUCCUUGCUGCUGGUCUUCAAUCCUGCCAUACAGUUCAUGUUCUAUGAAGGGUUUAAACGAAAGCUUUUGAAGACACGACUGCAGCUUACCUCUUUGGAUGCAUUCGUCAUUGGUGCAGUAGCUAAGGCAGUUGCCACCACCAUCACCUACCCCAUGCAGACAGUACAAUCAAUUUUGCGGUUUGGACGUCACAGAUUGAACCCCGAAAACCGGACACUAGGCAGUCUUAAGAAUGUUCUCUAUCUUCUUCGACAGAGAGUAAGGCGUUUUGGAUUGGUGGGACUCUACAAAGGCCUUGAAGCAAAGCUCCUGCAGACGGUCCUCACUGCCGCACUCAUGUUCCUAGUCCAUGUGUCAGUUGACUCCCACACAAGCAGUAAAGUUUCCAAAGACGAUGAGCUUGUCCUGGUGUGGCUCUGGUGA